AUUGACAAGUGACGACUGACGAUCCGCGGCUGGUUCGGUCGUUAUCGUAUGGAAUUUUAAUGCUGUUGUUUUCGAUUACAAAUGUCAUAGAAGUAUCAUGGCUUUUCAACCUAACAGCACAGUCAAAGUUCUUGAUCCAAUCCGAGAGAACUAUGACAAUUAUUUGCUCAUCGAUGUUGGAUCGAACAUGGUGAAUAAAAAAUUCAGCAGGGACUUGGAAUCUGUGUUACAACGAGCAAAAGAUUCGGGUGUUCAAAAAAUAAUUGUUCCUUGUACCUCUCUAAGAACAAGUAAAGAAGCGUUACGGUUAGCAAGAAUAUAUCCAGGAGCGUUAUAUUCAACUGCAGGUAUCCAUCCACACGAAGCAAAAUCUUGGGAAGAUAAUUAUUAUGAUGAACUGAGAGAUAUUGCUAAAAAUCCAGAAUGUGUAGCUAUUGGUAUAUGUGGGUUGGAUUAUAAUAAAGAUUUUUCAUCACCUGAUAUACAAAGAAAAGUUUUUGAAUUACAGAUUUCCUUGGCUAAAGAAAUGAAAAAGCCCAUUAUGUUGCAUCAAAAAGGAGCACAUGAAGAUUUUUUAAAGAUUAUAAAAACACAUUUGCCUUUAAUGCUUCCAGCAAUUUUACAUUCAUUUACUGGUUCUUUUGAAGAAGCUACUGACUACAUAAACUUAGGAAUGUACAUUGGAAUAACAGGAGGCUUGUGUAAAGACAGUUCUGGUAGUGGAAUAAAAAAACUUUUAAGCGCAGGAACAUUAACAUUAGAUAGAAUACUAGUGCAAUCAGAUUCUCCAUUUAUGUAUCCAAAUGCUAGAGCAGCAAAUCUUACUGAUGCAUUAAAAUCUAGUCUCACUCAAAGAUCUUUGGGAUUUUUACAGCGUUAUUGUACAUUUCAUAGAAAUGAACCAUGUUCAUUACCUGUUUUGGUGGAAUUGUUAGCUGGUUUUAUUGCUAAAAAACCAGAUGAAGUGGCUUUAGCAACAUCAAUUAAUGCACUUAAAAUAUUUGGAAUGUCAUAAUUUUAACACUUCAAAAAGAUGUAUGAGUUUGUGUUGGUUUUAUUUUUUUAUUGAAUUUAUGAUUUAUAAUUUAUUAUUGUUAUUGUUCAUCAAAUUAAGGUUUUUAACUAAAAAUAACUAUUAGUCAACGUAAAAAAAAUGAAAAUAUAUUGUGCCAUUUAACAACUUUUGUUAUA